AUGACCGACGUGCAAAGAGUUCAACCUCCAAAUUUCGGCCUCGUCAUGAAAAUGGAGGACCGCAAGAGACCCUCCGCCUCCGAUCCCGAUGAUGCCGCGCCUCCUGCGAAACGGCCGGCGUUGGCUCUCAAUGGUUCCAAGGGAGAGGCCACGUAUGACAAUGCCUGGGACUUCAUGCAACAGACACUUCCGGAAUUCCAAAAAGAUGCCAUUCUACGGCAGAUGCGGGAAUACAAGCGCGAGAAGUCCUACUUAGAGAAUCAAUUGACGGAUCUGGAGAAACGAUGCACAUAUCACGAUGAUCACCUGCGCAUCAUUAACGCGUGGUUCUCUCAGAUGAUUGAUGAACUGCGGGUCGUCGUGCAAAAUGCCCCCGCUCCCGAGUCUCCAGAAUCUUCGGCUUUCCUCUCAUCCCUCAUGUUCGCCGACAAUGAGAAGUUCGAAGACCAUCUCUCUUCUCGGUCCGCCGAGAUCAAAACAUUGGUCUCCGCGUUAAUUGGGAAAAUGCCUCCAGCUGCACCCGAGGUUCGAAGUGUUCAAGAACAAUUAACGAAGACUCUUGCGGCAGAGAAGGCGCAUAUUAUGGAGCUGCAAGGUCUGGUUUCGGACAAGGAGCAACUUGCUCAGCGAUUGGAGAGUGCAUCGUAUCGAUACAUGGUCGCCGAAAAGAAGUUGGACCGAGCAAAGAGCGCAGUGGUUGCCAAGAUGGAAUCCAUGGGUAUGCAGCCUGCGAAACCUACUGCCGAUGACCCCAAAGGGACACCCGUUGACGAGGGAACGAAUGGGAUCCUUGAAUCGAAUGAGAACCUUGACAUCGUCGAAACUGCCAAGAAAGAGGCCGAAGCCAUUGCUGCAAAGAGAAAGGAACAGCUCGAGGAAUUGGAAGUUGAGAACCGGAAAUUGACCAUCGAUCUCACCACCAUCAACCACCGACUUACCUGCCUCUCUGAUGAGGAUUAUGCAAAGACCGAAUUGUUUAAAACAUUGAAAUCUCAGCAUGAAGAUGUCAUUAAGCGCAUCAACAACCUGGAAGCUGUCAAUGUCCAGCUGCGCGAAGAGGCACAACAACUACAAGCCGAAAGAACAAAGUACCGAAUGCAAAUCGAUGAAGAGAGCAAGGUUGCUGUGAAUGAGGCGGAAAGCCAACUGGCAAGAGCUGAAGCCGACCUCUCACGAAUUCGAAACACGCGGGACGAGUUGGUAUCGGAAUUAGCUAUUCAAAAAGCCAGUCUCGGCCAGCAUAACCUCUCUGUUUCGGAAUCAAAGGAGCUUGCAAUGGCAAGUGAAAGCAGGGUCAAAGCUUUGGAAUCCGAGGUUGAGCGGCUCAGGCUGCGUGUUGGGGAAAUCACGGCGCAAUCCGAUUCGGCCAUGGACCUUUCCGUUGAGGAACUCAAAGCGAAAGUUGCAACUCUCGAACGCGAGAAUUCUCUGCUUAGCACCGAGGUGCCGUCGAUGGAAGCCGCAUGGAAGAAGGCUCAAUCGAUAGCCGCGAAGAAAGUCUCAGAUCUUGCGCAGACCGAGAACGAUAUCGCGAAGCUUGCCGCGGAGAAAGUCAAAGCCGAUCAGAAGUACUUCACUGCGAUGAAAGCGAAAGAGGCUCGGGAAGCCGAGAUCCGCAGCCUUCGGCUUCAGAACGCCAAAAGCUCGGAGAUCGUGGCUCAACUCAAGGAAGCAGAGAGCACCAGCCGUUCGCUCAUUGCAAACCUCGAAGGGCAAGCCAGCGCGACUAGAGAAGUUCUCAACACCAUCUCGACGCAGGAACGUGCGCUGCAGCAGCAGAUCACGGAGCAGACGCUCCUCAUUGAAUCGCUUAACGGUCAGAUUUCGACCUUGAAGCGAACCAUUGAAACCAAGGAUGUCGCAGCGCUGGAUGCUGCCAAAGUCAAGAGACAUCUCGAAGUCGAGCUCGAGCAAGCGAGAGUCCGGUUGAGCGACACCACGCGGUCUCUCGAAGACUGGAAGAAGAAAGCUCGCGGUGCGGAGAGCGAAGAAGAAGUAAUGCUGAGGCGCAUUGCAUAUUGCGCGGUGUGUUCGAGAAACCUAAAGGAUACCUUGAUCAAGCCUUGCGGGCACGUUCUGUGCAAAGAUUGCGUGGAGGAGCGCAUUUCGUCUCGUUCCAGGAAAUGCCCGAAAUGCAUGAAGCCGUUCGGUCUGAACGACCACCAAAAGAUCAUCUUGGACCAUUAG